GUUCCCACUUCCCGGCAGAGCAGGCACAGCUCGGUGAGGAGUGAUGAGGGAGGGAACACGUGGACACUUGCUGUCGAUUUUUUGCGCCUUCUGGUGCACCGUCCUUCUUCAGAUCGACGCCAGGAAUCAACAGACAUUUGUCGUAAGGUAUAAGAAUGGAGAACAUACUGUUCCAGUAACCGUCGUCUUGGAUUAUAAAAAACAAACUGAAUACGUUAUAAAUAUGAGUCCGAGAGCAGCGACAAAAACAGUGACUUUGUAUGAUUUUAAACAAAAAACCAUAGCAUAUAAAGACUUGACGAAUCGGGAAUGUUUUUUGGGCCGUUUGACACACGAAACUUUGAAUGAGGAAACUGAUGCACUAACGAAAAUUCAAAAUCCUGUGGAGCGACAGCCGAAGGUGUUGUCUCUGAACCCUCAAAGGCCCUCCUUGACGCCCACGGAGAUACGGAACAUGGCCGGCCAGAAAACGGCAAUUUUCUGUGGGAAGAUGAAUACCUGGCUCGUACUACCGAAGGAGAAGCAUACUCUUCAGAAACGAGAAGUGGAUGAGGUAGAGGAGAGAACUUUCCAUCGGCACGGAUACCACACGGUUCAGUAUUCACACUUUGGGCGAGACACGAGGAGGCGCUACCGGAAUCCAGCAAACAGACAAUUCUUCCAGAGACGAACAGAUACUUCGGAAAUUCCUGACUGGAAAGCUGGAAAUUCGGAAACUGCAUUUGGAAACGGUGGCAAGUCACUGGAACCUCCAUCUUUUCAGCAACAAUUUUUGAAUCCCUCACUUUCGGAAAGAGCCUUUAAUGAAAAUAACCAGGGCAUUCAUCAUCCUGAGGUUCCACUAAUAAAUGGAAAAGGAGCGCAACAUUUUGAUCCAACAUUUCAUCCUGCUUCAAUCGCAGAGGAUUAUAAUUCUGGAAAAGCUGUUUCUUUUGCUUCCCCACCAGGUGGUCUGAACGGACAAAAUGAAUAUGAACAGCAUUUCCCAUAUAAUCCUGCCAUCAGUGAGACUCCAAAUUUCCCAGAAGAUAGUGAAGGUAGUAAAGAUUCUAGACGAAGAAAUUUUUCAAACCUCAAAAACAUAAACAUAGUAAAUGGUGCGUCUGCAAACGAAAAUAUAUCAUCUGUUUCAAAAAACAAACCUUUCUACCCGAUCAUUCAAUCGAAUUUAUUUAAUCCAGAAAUGAUAGCAGCAAAGCCUAGUGUUAACCAACAGAACGGAAAUCACGCUUUUGAUUUAAACAGGGAUCACAGGCAGAUUGGAGCUGAAGGCGAAUCGAUUCCUUUUGGUUACGAUUUGAAUGGCAGUCGAAAAAAUAUUUAUUCUGAGUCAUCUGACAUACAUGGUAUUCCUGAUGAUACAGAUGUCUCUUCUAAUGUUUUAGAAACCCUUAAAGCAACAAAAAAGCCCGACAAUAUAGGAAAGUCCUUGCAUCAGCCUACGAUUCUGGAAACGAAAGAAGAUGUUCAUGACGUAUUCGAGGGAUUUUUCAAUUUAAGAAAAAGCAAUCCACCUUCUGAACAACUGACAUAUAAUUCACAUUUUAUCCCUCCAGAACCAAAUGAAAGAAGAGAACACCAUCUCCCUGACGAAUCCUUAAUAAAUAGUUACCCUUCCUUACCCCAGACAAAACAGAACGAUAACACUGAUAAGAAGCAACAGUGGGGAAAAAAUGAAAUAAUUACAUCCACUGAUAAUCCCAGCUUAAAAACAGAUUAUAAUUCUAGCUUCAGUGAAACAGCAAUAUCUCCUAUUUAUUUUAAUAGCUUUUCAGAUUCUAGAACUUUAAGACAUAAACCGGAGAAUUCGGAUGAUCUUAUUUCUACUCCGCAGAAAGUUGGCCAAAUUUCCAAAUCCUGGACUACCGAAUUAUUGCAACCAGUGACUUCUAAAUCCAAAAACAUUUUUAAUGAAGUGGUAGAUGAAUAUUUUACCUCUGAAAAUCCUUUGUAUGCCUCUGCAGUUAAGGAACAUUCUGCUAUCCGGUCUAUUGACAGUAAACCCAACGAAACUGUUAUCAACAUUACAUCCACUAAUUUGAGCGAAAAUCUUCAAGAACUGCAGAAUUCGUUUCCUUCUGAAAUUCAGGAGGGUAGGGCUUUGCAAAAAAUUCGUUUUCAAAAUGUUUUGCGUAGUUAUACGCCGGAUCAAAUAAUCAUAGACGUCGAAAAAAUACCUACGCAGCGUCCACCAGAAAGCACCUUAGACUUUCAGGGUCGAGUUUAUUCUCCUAAUAGCAAUAUUUCUCCAAAUGUAUCCAAUAAUAUUAAUGGUUCCAAAAGUGAACAAACUUCCGGAGACACUUGGCGAGGAAAGCCAAUUCGCAAAACAUCCCUUCCGAGCAGGAAAACGCACAAUUUACUGCCUGAUAUCAUAAAUUUUGGCUCAAGAAUACCUCAGCAAGACAAACGUAAUGAAUCUAAUCGUUUCCAGCAUCGUGCAUAUGGUAAAAAUGUUCGACAACUUAUUUAUCCGAAUUCACAAACGCUAUCCCAUCCAGUCUAUAAUGUUCAUCGAUCUUAUAGAUUGGACAGUUUGCCUCCUGGCGUUUCCAUUCAUCCUCGUCAUCCCAAAGCCCCUUACGCUCAUACAGUUCAUUCAAAAACUCUUCCCCCUGUUCCCCAGGUAAGGACACCGAAACUCCAUCGUCACAGGCACAAUAAAAAGAAAGAUCGCUUGAUGAACUCGUGUUGCAGGACCAGGGAAAAGACAAAAGGCUGCUGUGCAUCUUGCUGCAGAGGCAAAGCAAUGCACACAAAACCACCUUGCUGCUCAUCCUUAAAACCUAGCAAGAAUCAACAGAGGCAAAAACAAAUGCUGAUAACUCACACACCUGCACCGCAGCAGGUGCGCAAAAUAGUGGAAGAUCGUUGCCAAAAGGAGAAGCUGUGCAGGACUCUGUACGAAAGUACUCAGCAAGUGAUGGUGUGCAGAAAUGCAAAGAUAGAUGGAUGUUGAUAUCGAUCUGAAUUUCUUUAGCCAUGAAUCAGGCAGUUAAUGAAUGGGAUGAUUGGUCUUUGCUAUUAUCUGAAACCUUAUUAAUUUUAGUGCAAAUUUUUUAAAGUUACUUUGCGUAAUUUGCCUGAAGGAGUCGUACAAGUAAAUGCUCCUAUUUCACAAGAAAUGUGUUGCUCAUCUACUUUUGAUAUCAGAAAUGCUGUAAAGAUGGGUUUUACGUGAUAAUUCAUGAACUGAGAUGCAUGCUUUGAACAAAAUGGACGGCUCAGAGGAAGAAGUUUGCUGAUGCUCUAUACACGUGUUCUAAUUGCCGUCCGUUUGUGCGCAGAAUAAUUUCUACCAAUAAAAUAACUUAUUACAAUCAUCCAAAGAAAGUCUUCUUUGCUAUUAUCUGAAACCUUAUUAAUUUUAGUGCAAAUUUUUUAAAGUUACUUUGCGUAAUUUGCCUUUUUAAAACUUUUUAACAGUUUUGAUUGAGCUUUGAAGCAAAAUACUUAUUAUUUAUUAUAAUAUUGAUUCAACUCAUUCAACAUGAUUAUGUUUUGUUUUAAAAAUAGUUAU